UGACAAUAGUACUACAAGGUAGUUUCCAUUUUAAAUACCGUAUGAAUACGCUUAUUCGACUAUCCAGGAAGCGUAAUCGUGGUCAUGGUCGCACUAUUGUCCCCCAGCAACGUGUCCAUGCUUCUGUAGCAUUUAUAGAUUCGUCAUAUCGACCAUCGGCUUCAUUUGCCGGCGACGAGGCGACAAAAUGGGAGCAUCUCAUUGGGGAGGGAAGAGUAGAGGAUCUUUCUUGGGUCGACCAAUGGCAAGAUAUACUGGACAUAGACGUAUAUGACGGUCAUGUGCAAGACACGAUACACGAGUUGAUGCACAUGAUACAGAAGCCAACAUACACGACGUAUUACUUGGACUAUUUGGAACCUGGCCCUGUAGUCAGGUUAUUGAGGCGUUUGUCAUUUAUGGCUCUGUCCGAUCGUGGCGCUCGUCGGAUCUCUGGGGUUAUAUACCAUCUCGUGGACAUGUUGUCGGCGUACAGUGACAAUAUCAAAGCUGAAAGCGCGCAUUGCCUCUUCCAGCUCACAAAACACCAGUACUUAUCAUGGAUUUUGAAGGACUGCGCGAAGAAGGGGCUCGAGAAGAUGCUGUAUGGAAAUGCGCACGAGGCAAGGGUCGCAAGUCUUCAGUGUCUCUCACAGAUGGUGUUGGUAAUCAACAAUACGGAACACGAUAAAGUGGAGCGUUGGGAUAUAUUCUGUGCUGCUCAAGAAAUCCUGAUGGCGCAACCGAACUCAUGGGUACCGGUGCUCUACGAACUGCUUCAUUCAAUUGUUCUGGACAAACGGGUUAUCGCUGUUUCUUGUCUGGCUUAUUUGGUACAGGAUGAUCGCAUACGAAGAGUCUGGAUCGAAAACAUUAAUGGUAUUCAGCAGGGUGGUAAGAACACCUCGUCAAGUCUGCCCGAUUUCGUCACAAGGAUUAUUCAUCUCUUGACUGAAAGUCGGACGGAGUUCCAUGCAGCCGUAGUACUUGGUAGUGUGGUCGAUGACAUUCAUGAUACGCCAUUUGAAAAGCGCUGGAUGGUGUCAAGAUUGAAAUGUAUGAUUGCAAGAGGACAUGGCAAAACAAAGGGAGCUGCGGUACUGUGUCUCAGCAAGUUUUCUGAACGAGAUGCUGAAUCCCGCAAGUAUAUCCUGGAUGAAGAUUACAUCGCAACACUGGUGUUGCAACUUUUCAGCAAGCGCGAUCAUUGCUGCUCCUGCGAUGUCGAAUCCGUCUCGGGUGCCUUUUUAACCAUAGCUGAACGAGCCUCAGAUCUGGAACGACGUAAAGCCAUUCACAGGUUUUCAGAGGUUCUAUGUGUAGAUAAAUGGCUCCCGGAGGGAGAAGGGUGCGAUCUACUCUAUAAAUUGCUUUCAAGUUCCACUCUUUCAUCCGAGGCUCAGAAAAUUUCCAUCGAGCGGCUAGUGACAAUCGAUCGAGACUGCCGUCAGGAUCCAGAAGGCACUGCUCUGCGUAGGAUGCAGAUUGUUUUCAAUGCGUUGUGCGAAAAUGAUAGAAGACGCUCGCUCAUACGCAAGAAAUCGGUCCUUCAAACGAUCUUUUGGGCCUUGAAGUGUCGGAACGAACAUACUAGAGACAAUGCCAUCACCUUUCUCAGCAGCGUUUGUACGCGAAGUUUAGGUCCACAGCACAACUGGACGUCUGAAAGUGAUCCCGAUCUGGUUUCUGCGCCAGAUCUGGAUGAAGUACGCAAGUUGAUGUGCAGUCGCCUAUCGGAUCUAUUGGAUUGCGUGGCAAAACUUGGUAAAAAGAAUAUAAAGCAGAGCAAGAGUGUCCUUGCCUCUGUUCGGAAGGCUCUAGAGGUGUUUUGCCGCUAUGAAGAAUUCCAGGAUCAGCUCCUGGAUCCUGCUGUCUUAUUGGUAAUAAGCAAGGGUAUCGACCUCAAGACGGCAAAUAUGUGUGAAGGUCAUAGUGUCCUUGCGCAAAUCUCUGGCAUUGAAUGCUGGCAAGAACUUAUGAAAUAUGACUGGGCCCGCGUUGCAAUGUUCGAAAAGGGUGUAGUGAAUCACCUGUUGGACAUACAUAGAGCUCUCCGAGAGGAGCCCGAAUCUUGUCAAUGGUUACGUUUAUGGCCAGACUAUGACAGAUUAGUCCUGGAGACUUUUGAAAAGUUGGUGAAAUAUCCCGAUGUUUGGGAAAUGGACGAGGUGAAAUCGAGUAGUGAUCUAUUCAACAAAUUGAUAGCCUUCAUUAUAACGACUCCCUACAAGACUUGGACAAGACAAGACAUGCCGCCAGUUAAUCCUCUGCCUUGAACUUGUAGGGGUGUUUUUGUUGCGAUAUGCCGAAGUCAUCCGUAGUUAAUAGGUACAAACACAAUUAUGUAGCUCCGUUCCCGAUUCUUUCCGAAGAAUGAGGAAACGAUAGAGGGUUAUUAUCGGGGCGUAACUGUCUUGAGCAGUGCCAAACUGUCUGGAC